AUGGCCCGCACUCAGGAGGAUGUCUCGAUUGGCAUCAUCGGUAUGGGCGAUAUGGGCAAGAUGUAUGCCCAGCGCCUGAGCGAUGCUGGAUGGAGUGUAGAGGCUGGAGUCAUCGACAAAGUCGUGGAACAGUAUGGGCCAUCAACCAAGGUCGGUGCCAUCGUCGGUGGUCAAACAUCCUGCAAGGCUCCGGAGCUUGCUGCAUUCGAGAAACACCUGCCCCCUGAUGUAGAGAUUGUAUCCUGUCACUCGCUACACGGCCCCAAGGUCAAUCCAAAAGGCCAGCCGCUGGUCUUGAUUCAACACAGAGCCUCGGACGAAAGCCUUAAAUUCGUCGACAACAUACUCUCCGCGUUCGGGUCCAAACAUGUAUAUCUCACCGGUGAGAUGCAUGACCGCAUCACCGCAGAUACCCAGGCUGUCACCCACGCUGCAUUCCUGAGCAUGGGAACUGCAUGGCAGGCUAAUAACCAGUUCCCUUGGGAGCAUGGCCGAUGGGUUGGCGGCAUCGAGAACGUCAAGAUCAACAUCACCUUGCGCAUAUACUCGAACAAAUGGCAUGUCUACGCCGGGCUCGCCAUCCUCAACCCGGCGGCGAAGCAGCAGAUUCGCCAGUACGCCGAGUCGGUCACUGACCUGUAUAAACUCAUGAUUGGAGGACACCGGGAAGAGCUCAAGAAACGCGUUAAGACGGCAGGCGCUUCGGUUUUCAAGGGUGGCUUUGAAGAACAAGAUCUGCUGUUGAAGGAUGAGGUGCUUGAUCGGUUCUCUUUGUCCAAUCGGCCGCGUGGGGAGGCACCACCAAACAGCCAUCUCAGUCUGCUUGCCAUUGUUGACUGCUGGUCGAAACUUGGCAUCGUCCCUUAUGACCAUAUGAUCUGUUCCACGCCGCUUUUCCGUCUCUGGUUGGGUGUUACCGAAUACUUGUUCCGGAACCCGGAGCUUCUCGAAGAAGCAUUGGAUACUGCCAUUGACGACAAUACUUUCCGCUCAGAUGAUCUGGAAUUCACCUUUGCCGCUCGGGCUUGGUCCGAUUGCGUUUCCUUUGGCGACUUUGAGUCCUACCGUCAUCGCUUUGAGCGGAUCGCGGAGUACUUCUCACCACGUUUCCCUGAAGCUGCCAAACUGGGCAACGAGAUGAUGAAGACCAUAUUGGAGAAGACCACCAGCCCCAGAAACUAA